AUGCUCAAGAAAUCCAACCUUCUUCGUGGGGGAGGCGUGCCACUACUGAGCUUGACAGCCUCGCCACUUGCCCAUUUCAAUAGGAAAACUGCUCAAAUUCAUGGACUACAUAAACCACACACAAGCAGGAGCUAUGCAACUGCCUCACAAUUCUCUCAUCAGAACUACGUAUGGCCCAGCAAUCUGUCUUUCACUCCCUACGACGUCCUGAACAUUCCCCGCGGCGCUCCAUACUCGAAGAGACCAUACUACGACCUUGUUAAGAUCUAUCACCCCGAUCGACCCUUCACCAAAGAUCAUCCACUAUUUGGAGAAUUGACGGCCGAAGUUCGGGUACAGCGCUAUCGGAUCGUGGUGGACGCACAUGAGAUCCUUUCCGAUCCCAUCAAGCGAGCUGCUUAUGACCAAACCGGCACUGGAUGGAACCACGCAGUACAAGAUACAGCUGGCUGGAACACACAUGGGCCGAGUAUAUAUGCGAAUGCCACAUGGGAAGAUUGGGAACGGUGGAAUAACCGCCACAACGGCCCGCAGCAGCACGUUGUCGACCAACGCACCUUCACCCGGCUAGUGAUCCUCUUGGUGCUCUUCGGAGGUGCUGUUCAAGCAUCAUGGAUCGGAAAGAUGAAUACUGGUUUCGAGGAUAAACUGCGUCAGGUCAACGAGGAGUCGGCGCGCUUCUUGCAUGGCCGGAAAGACAACACCGUCAAGCAGAUGGAUUCGAAUGAUGCUCGUGUGCAGGGUUUCCUUAUUCGGAGAGAUCCCACUGGGUCGGGACUGAAAGACUCCGAGCAAAACGUCUACCAGAAGGAGCUAAGUCCUCUUCGCCGGCCGAAUGAGACCUCCCCUCCUGACAGUCAAAUUGUGUCGGACCUUGCACAGCCAGCGGCUUCAGUGAAGCCAGAUAUCGCAGAAACCUAG